GGAGCGUGGAGGACGUGUGGUUGCUCAAAGAAGUCUUAAGAUUUUGCAAUCGGCCUCGGCAAGGAGGGGCUGAGUAAGAGGAGUAGUAGACAGGAGUUCCAAACACCCAUCUUCCAGCUUAGUCCCGGAGAAGGGGCAGGGCCCAGUGACGCCCCGCCCAUUCAUUUACAUAUUUAUAAGGAACCAUCGAGAUCUUUGGAGAACUUGCUGGCCUAGAGGAGGUUAGAACGCGUUGUUCCCGGAGCAUUUCCGUUUCCGCCAAGACAUUUGGCGGUUGGUGAGCAUCAUGGCAACAGUGACAGCGACCAAAGUUCCGGAGAUCCGUGAUGUGACAAGGAUUGAACGUAUUGGUGCUCAUUCCCACAUCCGGGGACUGGGGCUGGAUGAUGCUUUGGAGCCUCGGCAGGCUUCCCAAGGCAUGGUGGGUCAGCUGGCGGCACGGCGGGCAGCGGGUGUGGUGCUGGAGAUGAUCCGGGAAGGGAAGAUUGCUGGGCGGGCAGUUCUCAUUGCUGGCCAACCAGGCACAGGGAAGACAGCCAUUGCUAUGGGCAUGGCGCAGGCCCUGGGCCCUGACACCCCAUUUACAGCCAUUGCUGGCAGUGAGAUCUUCUCCCUGGAGAUGAGCAAGACUGAGGCACUGACACAGGCCUUCCGGCGAUCCAUUGGUGUUCGCAUCAAGGAGGAGACCGAGAUCAUUGAAGGAGAGGUGGUGGAGAUCCAGAUUGAUCGGCCGGCCACAGGGACGGGCUCCAAGGUGGGCAAGUUGACUCUCAAGACCACAGAAAUGGAAACCAUCUACGAUCUGGGCACCAAAAUGAUCGAAUCUCUGACCAAAGACAAGGUCCAGGCCGGGGACGUGAUCACCAUUGACAAAGCAACAGGCAAAAUCUCUAAGUUGGGCCGCUCCUUCACACGUGCUCGUGACUAUGAUGCAAUGGGCUCCCAGACCAAGUUCGUGCAGUGCCCUGAUGGGGAGCUCCAGAAACGCAAGGAGGUGGUGCACACUGUGUCCCUGCACGAGAUUGAUGUCAUCAACUCUCGCACCCAGGGCUUUCUGGCUCUCUUCUCAGGUGACACUGGGGAGAUCAAGUCAGAAGUCCGAGAACAGAUCAAUGCCAAGGUGGCUGAGUGGCGUGAGGAGGGUAAAGCAGAGAUCAUCCCUGGGGUGCUGUUCAUUGAUGAGGUCCACAUGCUGGACAUUGAGAGCUUCUCCUUCCUCAACCGGGCCCUGGAGAGUGACAUGGCACCUGUCCUUAUCAUGGCCACCAACCGUGGCAUCACACGGAUCCGGGGUACCAGCUACCAGAGCCCCCAUGGCAUCCCCAUAGACCUGUUGGACCGGCUGCUCAUCGUCUCCACUGCUCCCUACAGUGAGAAGGACACAAAGCAGAUCCUCCGCAUCCGAUGCGAGGAGGAAGAUGUGGAGAUGAGCGAGGAUGCUUACACGGUGCUAACCCGCAUCGGGCUGGAGACAUCAUUGCGCUAUGCCAUCCAGCUCAUCACAGCUGCCAGCUUGGUAUGCCGGAAACGCAAGGGCACAGAGGUGCAGGUAGAUGACAUCAAGCGUGUCUACUCACUCUUUCUGGAUGAGUCUCGCUCCACGCAGUACAUGAAAGAGUACCAGGAUGCCUUCCUCUUCAACGAGCUCAAAGGUGAAACCAUGGAUACCUCCUGAGCCUGAUGCCGCCCCUCACCCCCACCCUGUUUUCUUUCUUUCUUUCUUUUUUUUAACUUUAUUCAAGUUAAUAUGCAGGUACAAUAUUUAGAUUACAUUGUUCUUAUUUCCAGGGUAAAGUUCCCCCACCCUCUUUCCUACCAGAGUUCUGACACUGUGACUUUGUAUAAAAUGGUUUUGA